UGAAUGAACCCUAAACACGUGAUAGCGCCAAAGUUUCUGAGUGGCCUGGAACCUUCGUUCGACCAUCCACUACAAUGGCAUCCAAGAAGCAACGACGUUACACUGCGGAGACCCACACAACCGUUGUUGCUCCUGACACACCAGAUGCCACUAUGGUCAUUGUACGCCCUCUCGGUAAACAGUUCGAUCUUGAUGUUCCAUUAAAAAACAACGACUCACGAAUUAGCUUCUCCACGGCCACAUAUGAGGAGGUCGCUCCUCGCGUCGGACUUAAGCCUGUGGAAAUGUUGAAAGAUGUUGGAUCCUUUGAAAUCCAGCGCUCUCGUAUUCCCAAAAAUCUUUUCAAGUCGAUUGUAAUAGACAUGGAUAUCAUGUUAAUGCAAUAUGGCCUCCCUGUUGAGCAUGACACGGAAGAGGCGACAUCAAGGUUCUACUCUCCGGUUUUCAACCUCCUUGUUAAGCAAUUCGCUUUCACGCUGAGGAAUGACCCAGAGACUAUGAUCCCUGGUACGCAGGGUCGCAUCGCGCACUUCUACAGAGCUUUUGGUGCUGUUGUAAUCCUGUUCAUUGAGAUGAGGCGCAUUGUGGGAAGUAGGUCGGAACAUUUGAAUGCUAUUGCUCAGGUAAUAGCUGAAAGCGAUGCGUGUGAUUUCAUCAACAGAGAGGCAGGUUUGUUGGUACCUAUCCAUUGCAUUCUCUUCGAUGGCUGGUCCUUCGAAUUUUUCAAGUUUGAAAGGAUGCCAGAUCCAACAUUUCUAUGUGGUCGCUUUCAAGGAGAUCCACCAGACUUCCGGCAUGGCAUGCAGCUACCCAUUUCAGAAACUUAUCUUCCUUUUAUUCUCCGGCUUCGCUGUGUGUGUGAGACAAUCUUUGACAUCAUGCUGAGUGCAUAUAUUGCAGGCAUGAAAGCAUAUUAUAAUCGAGAGGAAGACAAGGGGAGGAAGGAGGGUGGGAAGAGACUGAGUGAUGAAUGGGAUCAGGCCCUUUGUUUGGCUGAACAUGCUCAGGAAACAUUUAGGGAAGCUGAGGUCCAACGCAAGGAGGGUAAUAUUGUGUCUGCAAAUGCAAUUGUUGAUGCAGCUCUUCUUGCACUACAUGAGAGUACAGGAGCAUUGCCAACUAGAUACAAGUCCAAACCCAUCAUGAUGGGCUGGGAUGAUGCUGGGGUUGACAGGGCAUGAUGUUUUCACAGAUGGACACUGGCAGUUGAGUGGGUGUAAGGCUGUUACUGGUAACAGCCUGGGUUGACUCAGUUCUCAAUCUGCUGAAACUAAGGCUGUAUUGCUGACUCAUACCCUGUCUCUGCUCUUGGAUGCAUGCUGCAAAAUGUUAGAAAACAACCAAGUACCCUUUGUAUUACAAUUCAGAAGUCACAUUCUCCAUAUGAAUCUGCAAUCAAUGAG